CUCCUGCAAAAAUCUCAUUCAAGUUUAUUCUCUGAGAAAACAAAAAAAAACAUAAAAAUCUGAAAUUCUUGUUUUAGUGAUUGAGUUUUGUAUUUAUGAGAACGGUACUUUAAGAAAGCUAUAUCUAAUCACGUCUAUUGAGGCAGGCAUCAAAUAGAUCCAAAUUGCCUUUGUGAUAUUACAUCAUAUCUUACCCAAACAAUCAUGAUGCCUCAAUAGCACACGUUCCAAUAUUAGAUUCGACGUCCGCAAGGACCGCCACAAUGCAGACAAAGCAUCACCGAAUGCAUUAAGCGGAAUACAAUGAAUACGGGAAUGCACGCCUGGCGACCAACAACUUCCUCGGACUCGUAUCACACUUAAUGUGCAAUUUCAAAAUAAACUUUAUUCCUGCUAUAUAAAGUUUACAAUUCAAAACUACCCAGGACAGAGAUAUGAGAAGUAGUAAAGUAGUCGUGCGAAGCGCAGGACGCUCUGAACGUCCAGAGCGCACACUUGACAAAAGGCAUUGUGCUAGGCCUAGUUUAUCUCAUAUUUGUUCGGACAGGACUUGUUCCGCGCUGAUAACGUCCAAGACGUGCUAUUCAUCGUGUGAAGUGUCAAGUUACUGAUAAAAUUGUAAAUGUCUCACCUUGUGUACCUUGACAUAGGAACCUCCAGUCUAACGUAACCGUUUGAUCAUGCAUGAUAUAGGUUAUUUUUUUACUACAAUCUACAAUUUAAAAUUUCAACCAUAGCGACUAAUUAGCUGCAAAUAUACCUACAAUUUGUACUAUUUACAUAAGAUUAUUUAAAAUACUGUUGCAUUCAACAGUUUUGUUGCAACAAAAGUAAAAUAAAAAUAUUUGGUAUUAUUUGAAUUAGGACAUUGCAAUGUCUUGAAUAAAAAGUCCAUCUAUGACGCUUAAUUUCGCUGAAAUAAUGAAGCUGGAAGCUAAAAUCUUAUACGCAAUAUCAUAGUAAGUGAUUGUUUUAAGUGUUUUAAGUCUCGAUGCAGAUAAGUAAGAUAAGUUAUAGAUAACGUCAGUCUCGUGUUCUUCAUUGACGAUUGAUGCUUUGUAUAAGAUAAAGGCAGAUACAGAUACAAGGACAGUUCAAAAGAUUAUUUCGUGUAGUAAUAACGUACCUCGUAAUAUGCCACGAAAGGUUUCACGAUUUCACUGGGAACUGGCGGAAAUAAUACAGAAAGCUGCGAAGAUAAUUGACAUUCAUGACAUCGAGUACAUUAUACGAUACGGGUGUGAAGAUGUCGAUACUUUUUUUAGUAAUACGUACCUAGUUGACAUUAGUGGCAAAAGAAAUGGAUCAAAAAUAAAGAAGAAGAUUUUAAUUAAGUGUCAUUUAGAUUUAAAUCAGCGCGCAAAUUUUAGAGAACUUUACAAGAGAGGUCACGUGUUUUAUAACGUCAUAGUUUCCAGGUUACUUGAAAUUCAAAAAACGUUUAAAGUGAUUGAAGGAUUAAAAAUGAAAUUCCCGAAUUGUAUUUACAGCAGUGCUGAAUAUAACAAAGAAGUGAUGGUUUUAUCACAGAUGCAAGAUUCGUAUAACAUACAUAACAGAUUUCUUUCGAUUAGCAUCGAUCAAGCUAAAUUGACCCUGCAAAAUAUGGCUAAACUACAUGCCUUGUCCUUUGUCUGGCAAACAUAUUAUUCAGAAGAAUUUGAUGAUAUUAAGACUGUACUGAGCAAAAAUGUGCAGUAUUCGGACCUUGUUAAAUUACCAAACUCUAUGAAAUACUGUUAUGAUACUUCAGUGAACGUUGUGUUGAAUUCAAUGUAUAAAGAAAAAUUAAGAGCGCUUGCUGGACAUAUAUUGGUAAUUUUGAAAACACCCCCACCUCUUCAGUACAGUACUAUUUGUCACGGGGACUGUUGGAUUAAUAACAUACUUUUUAAAAAUCAGGGGACGAGACCGGUAGAAGUAAUGUUCGUCGACUAUCAGCUGAGCCGGUACGCGUCUCCGGUCUCGGAUAUAUCAUACUUCAUCUACAUGUCGACGGAGCGGGAGUUGCUCUCUCAACAUUACGAAACCCUUAUUAAUGUUUACUAUGGAACGCUAGCAGGAGUGCUUCGGCAAUGCAAUCUUAAAAUAGAACAAGUCUACCCAGAAACAAUAUUUAGACAACAUCUUAAAGAAUACUCAGUUUUAGGCCUAAUAGAGGCCUUAGUUUCGAUGAAAAUUAUAACAGCGGAUAAUGAAGAUGCAAUGAAAAUGACGGCAAUAAGAUACAAUCAGCCCGAUGUUGAACAUACUGGCAUAGAUGAGCAUAAGUUCAACAGCCAGAAUCUAUUUAUUGAAAGAGUGAACGCGAUAGUGAAUUCGUUUUUCCAAAUGGAUUACUCAUUAACGUCAGUGAUUAAUUUAGACAAAUGAUUGUGAAUAAAUUUCCAUAAGAACCUUGU